AUGCCCUUUGAACGUGGCAUAGCGACUCCGGAUGACCACUAUCCUCAAACUAAUGUUACGUCUCCUAAGGACAGCACUAUUGUUCAAGCUGUCCACAAAUCACAACAACACAACUAUGUCAUAGUCGAUGCUUUCGAAAGCACUGCAAGCAAAUAUCUUCGAGCGCCGAUAAUCUUCGAUGAGACCUCAAUUCCCCUUACAGACACUAUUGAUGAUAUAUCAACACCAACAUCAGCCAAAAAACCUAGCAUACGAACCAUAUGUAUCCCGAAGGAAGUCACGCAGAUCAUCGAGCUUCCGCUUGGCAUACUACAAAAGGACUUACUCGUGUUCCUGGACAAAGACUACUGGAUCCGCACGUGGAGACUCAAUUCAUCUACUACCGGGAUAAACUUAAUGAGAAACCUGAGACGCCAUUUCUUUCUCCCGCGCGACUGGAUCAGUUCUGAGUCACUAUUAUUUGCGCAUUUGGCAACAGAUGGCACUUUAUUCUGUCCACAGAACGGGAAGAUGGUUGUCAUCAGUACAGCGCUAGCGUCGGGAUGGUAA